GCCUCACAAUACGACGUAGUAUGAGUCGUAUGAUGACCAAAGCAGCACACUGGUUGAGGUUGAGGGUUUAGAGAAUUUGAGAGAGCUGAAGAAACCAACCUCUACUGUUCUGUUCUGUGACUGUGACUUAGGAGGAGAGAGAGUGUGUAGUGUAGCAGAGACAGAGUGUGUUUUUGUAUUUGUAGAAGUAGAAGAUGCAGAGUUUGAAAGCUUUGGUGGGUUUGAGAAGUAGAAGUAGAAAUAGUUGUUCAUUUCAAAGACCCAGAUUUCUGUCUCACCAUUACCAAAGGCCCUUUUCUGCUCAACCAAACUACACCCCCCAAAACGAUGAUCUCGAAGACCAGGUUUUGGUUCAAGGAAGAGCUAAGUCAAGAGCUUCCAUUCUCAACAGACCUUCUGCUCUCAAUGCUCUCACUACUUCUAUGGUUGCUCGGCUUAAGAGAUUGUAUGAAUCAUGGGAAGAAAACUCGAAUAUCGGCUUUGUCUUAAUGAAGGGUAGUGGCAGGGCUUUCUGUUCUGGUGCGGAUGUUGUUACCCUUUAUCAGUUAAUCAAUGACGGGAAUGUUGAGGAGUGUAAGAAGUUUUUUGAAACACUAUAUAAGUUUGUAUAUCUUCAACGAACAUAUUUGAAGCCACAUGUGGCUAUCUUGGAUGGUAUCACUAUGGGAGGUGGAGCUGGAAUUUCACUUCCAGGAAUGUUUCGUGUGGUGACUGAAAAAACAGUUUUUGCCAACCCAGAGACUCAAAUGGGCUUCCAUCCUGAUGCAGGAGCUUCCUAUUAUCUUUCUCGUCUACCUGGCUAUUUGGGGGAAUACUUAGCUCUUACAGGAGACAAGCUCAAUGGUGUAGAAAUGAUUGCCUGUGGCCUUGCUACACACUAUUCAUUAAAUGCAAGACUUGCUUGGGUUGAAGAACGCGUUGGUAAAUUGAUCACAGAUGAACCUUCUGUUAUAGAGACAGCCCUUGCGCAAUAUGGUGACCUUGUCUAUCCAGACAGGGGGAGUGUUCUUCAUAAGAUUGACACAGUUGAUAGAUGCUUCUGCCAUGAUACAGUUGAGGAAAUUAUUGAUGCUUUGGAAAAGGAGGCAGCGGAGUCUUAUGAUGAAUGGUGUAAAACAGCCCUCAAGAAACUAAGUGAAGCCUCCCCAUUAAGCUUAAAAAUUACUUUGCAAUCUAUACGUGAAGGUAGAUUUCAAACUCUUGAUCAAUGUCUUGCUCGUGAAUACCGGAUUUCCCUUAAUGGAGUUUCUAAACGGGUUUCAAAUGACUUUUGUGAGGGUGUUCGGGCACGAUUGGUGGAUAAGGACUUUGCGCCAAAGUGGGACCCUCCUAGUUUAGCAGAUGUAUCAAAAGACAUGGUUGACUGCUGCUUCUCCCGGCUUGAUGAGUUUGAGCCUGAACUGCAGCUGCCCACGGCUCUGCGAGAACCUCACAUGUGAGAUACAUUCAUAAAUACUGUGUAAUGAUUAUCUGCCUUGGUGGUUGGUUUUGAAUAAAUGUAGCCAUUUCAAGGUUUUUCUUAGAGAAAUCAUUUUUUGGAAAUUUUUGUUGUAAGUAGCCUAUCAUUCUGAAAGCACUCAAAGCAGUCUUUCAUGGCCAUUAUUUUUGGAAAUAGUUUUUUUUUUAUGGUACAUUAGGUAUACAAGUGUAUUCCCUGGAGAACUAUACAUGAGGGUUUGUGUUCACAUGGUCCAUGGAAUUGUUGUUACCAUGUAUUUUGCAUCACUUCUUGACUUAAACUCAUUAUGAUUUCCAAUCCUUUUGCUCUAUCA